AUUGUUGGCUGUGACCGCCAGCUGGGAAGCGCUGUCAAGGAAGACAACUGUGGGGUCUGCAAUGGCGACGGGUCCACCUGCCGGCUGGUUCGAGGCCAGUAUAAGUCCCAACUCUCAGCAAAUAAACUGGAUGAUACAGUGGUUGCUAUUCCCUAUGGAAGCAGGCAAGUUCGCCUCGUGUUGAAAGGACCUGAUCAUUUAUAUUUGGAAACCAAGACUCUCCAAGGUGUGAAGAGUGAAAACAGCCUGAGCUCCACAGGCUCCUUCCUCAUGGACAAUUCUAGCAUUGACUUCCAGAAGUUUCCUGACAAGGAGAUAUUAAGAAUAUCUGGACCUCUCAGUGCAGACUUCACUAUCAAGAUCCGCUAUGCUGGUGCUGCUGACAGUUCUGUUCAGUUUAUCUUCUAUCAACCCAUCAUUCACCGAUGGAGGGAAACUGAUUUUUUUCCUUGUUCAGCAUCCUGUGGAGGAGGUUAUCAACUGACAUCUGCUGAAUGUUUUGAUCUGCGAAGCAACCGGGUAGUGGCAGAUCAAUACUGUCACUAUUAUCCUGAAAAUAUCAAACCAAAGCCAAAACUUCAAGAGUGUAAUCUGGAUCCUUGUCCUGCAAGUGAUGGAUACAAGCAGAUCAUGCCCUAUGACCUCUACCAUCCCCUUCCUCGAUGGGAAAGUACACCCUGGACUGCCUGUUCCUCAUCCUGUGGAGGGGGCAUUCAAAGCCGCAGCGUCUCAUGUGUGGAAGAAGACAUUCAGGGGCAUAUCAGCCCCGUGGAAGAAUGGAAAUGCAUGUAUACUCCAAAGAUGCCUGUUGUCCAGCCUUGCAAUAUUUUUGACUGCCCAAAGUGGCUUGCUCAGGAAUGGUCUCCGUGCACUGUGACUUGUGGACAAGGACUCAGAUAUCGUGUGGUCCUUUGCAUUGAUCACAGGGGAAUGCAUACAGGAGGCUGUAGCCCUAAAACAAAGCCACACAUAAAAGAAGAAUGCAUCGUACCCACUCCUUGCUACAAACCCAAAGAGAAACUUCCUGUGGAAGCAAAGUUGCCGUGGUAUAAGCAGGCUCAAGAACUGGAGGAAGGAGCAGUGGUGUCUGAAGAACCAUCGUUUAUUCCUGAGGCUUGGUCCACCUGUAGUGUCACCUGUGGAGUGGGCAGCCAGGUCCGGCUUGUGAAAUGUCAAGUGCUCCUCUCUUUCUCUCAGUCUGUGGCUGACUUGCCCAUCGAUGAAUGCGAAGGUCCCAAACCUGUGUCCCAGAGACCCUGUUACAGUGGUCCCUGCAGUGGGGAGGCAACCGAAUAUACCCCAGAGGAAACUGAGCUGCUGUAUGGCAGCUUGCAGGAGUUUGAUGAGCUCUAUGACUGGGAAUACGAGGGCUUUACAGAGUGUUCAGAAUCCUGUGGAGGAGGUGUCCAGGAGGCUGUGGUGACCUGUCUGAACAAACAAACCAGGGAGACUGCAGACGAGACGCUGUGUGUAACCAGCCGCCGUCCUCCACAGCUGCUGAAAGCCUGUAGCCUGGACCCCUGCCCGCCAAGAUGGGAGACUGGGAAAUGGAGUACCUGCAGUCUUACAUGUGGGGUUGGACUGCAGACACGAGAUGUCUUCUGUUCUCAUCUGCUAUCAAGAGAGACUAACGAGACCGUGAUUUUGGCAGAUGAAUUGUGCUAUAAACCUAAACCAUCCCUUGUGCAAGCCUGCAAUCGCUUUGACUGCCCUCCCUCCUGGUAUCCUACAGAAUGGCAAGAGUGUUCACAGACUUGUGGCAGUGGUGUCCAGAAGCGAGAUACAGUUUGUAAGCAGCGCCUGGCAGACGGAAGCCUCUUAGAGCUUCCAGAAACCUUCUGCUCCACGCCAAGGCCAGUUAGCCAACAAGCCUGCAAAAAUGAGAAUUGUCCCAAUGAGUGGCUUCUCUCCAACUGGACACAGUGUUCGGUGAGCUGUGGAGAGGGCACCCAGAGUCGAAAUGCCAUUUGCAGAAAGAUGCUGAAAACAGGAGGGUUUGUUGUCAUCAAUUCCUCACUGUGCCCACCUUUGCCAUUCUCAUCCUUGAUCAGGCCCUGUGCAGUAGGCAUCUGUGCAAGGCACAACAGGCCAGCGCAUAAGCAAAGGCCCCUAAUUAUGACCGUAAAGAAAGUUUACAUCCAGACAAGGAAGCAGAAGAAGCUACACUUUAUUGUGGGUGGGUAUGCCUACCUGCUGCCCAAAACCUCGGUUAUUCUCCGAUGCCCCACGAGGAGGUUCCGGAAAUCAAUGAUCACUUGGGAGAAGGAUGAAAAGAGGCUCGUCAGCUCAGCUCACAUCACCAUUGCGCCCUAUGGAUAUAUGAAAAUCCACCGUUUGAAGCCUUCAGACACCGGGACAUACACCUGCACAGCAGGGCCAGCCCAGGAGCAUUUUGUCAUUAAACUAAUUGGAAGUAACAAGAAGAUCAUUGCUGGGCAGCCAACUGGUAUUAGGGAGGAAGAGGUCAUGAGAAAGGCCAGCUUAAAUGAAGCCUUGAGAACAGAGGACAAACAUAUCAACGGGAUUCUCUUCAAUGGGAGCAAGGCUGAAAAGCGAGGGCACCUUGCUGACCCCAGCAGGUGGUAUGACAAUAUUGUCUCAAGACUGCUACAGCAUAGGGGCUGGCCAGGGGAAAAUCUGGAGUCCUGGGAAGCCCAGGAAUCCACAGAGAGAAACGCAUCCUCAGAAGAGGACCAGAGUCAGGAGUAUAGCCUGCCAUUGACUAUGGUCACCGAGCAGAAACGCUUGGAUGACAUCAUAAGGAAUUUGUCUCAACAGCCUGAGGAGCUUAAAGAUGUCUACACUGAGCAGCUUGUUGUGCAGCUGGCUCAUGAGGUUUUCAAGAGCCACUUGGAGCACCAGGACUCUGUCCUUAAAACAUCGAGACAAAGACUAGAUUCAGCCUCGGUGGAGUACCCUCUCCACAGACAUGUUUCUGGAUUUACAAGCUCCCUGAGGACAUCAUCUGCUGAAGCAUUUCUUCCCACCUCUGUAGACCUGGCAAAUGGCUUGCGCAGACCUCAUCAAAAGCCUGCCAUCCUCCGAAAGAUUUCAGCAGCACAACAACUUUCUGCUUCAGAGGUUGUUACCCACCUGGGACAGACGGUGGUUCUAGCCAGUGGCACAUUGAGUGUGCUGCUUCAUUGUGAAGCGGUGGGAAAUCCAAAGCCCACCAUCAGCUGGGCUAAGAAUGGAGAGGAGGUGAAAUACAAUGAUAG